AUGGAGCCAAAUCAGGCUGUCUUCUCACGGACGAGUGGUGCUCGGGGGCGCUUAUUGGAGUGUCCAGUGGCGGUGGCAAAUGUUCCGCAGCCUUCGCUGCUGACUCACGACCCUCGACGGUGUCCCCGACUGGGGUUUGCGGAAGGGCAACUACGGGCCCUCCAUGGUCGUCAUCGUGUGCAGGCGGGAGCCACGGUGCUUCCUCCUACUGAUCGCUGGUGGACGGUUGACCUCUAUGAGGACGAUAUUGGUGAAGAACUGAAGACCUCUCUCGUAGAGGAAUAUGCAAACCAGAAGAAACCGACCGACGGGGAAAUUUAUCGUAAGAUUCGGCAGUACGAGGGUGAGGGUAAUGAAGCUUUCCGGAAGUGCUGUUUCGUCGCCGAGGACCCCGCGGACGAGCCACCGGAGGUGACGCCUACUGAGGAGCCAGGCUUGACACAGGGCCCCAUCUCUGAACCUACUCAAAGUCCUCCACAAACUGGCCAGCCCGCUGGGCAGGCACCAGUAUCAUCAGAUUACGUCAAUAUCUCCUUUUGGUCUUUUGGACGAGAUGAGUGGAGGCAGUCCGACUGUCUUCGAGUGAAUCCUUCCGACCCAUCACCGGUGUCACGGAUCGCACGGAAGUAUUCGUGGAAGAACUAUUCGCUGUAUGAUAAAACCCUUCAGAGCCUCAGCCCCGCGCAGUGUUAUCGCGCAGCGACUGUUGACGGCAAUAAUGCCAUCUUCCUGAUCUCUGAGCAUGAGGAGCAAAGGCUCGCAGCUGAGGGCCGACUCAACAAGGACAGGCACCUUCUAUUCUUGGUCUCCCAGGUCCGGGAUCGAGCGGAAACCCAGCCGAAAUCACCCAAUAAACGUCACUGUUCUACGUCGCUCGGGAGAGUGUGAGAGGAUUCUCAGGAUUGGUUAUAGAUAUGUGGCUCUAUAUAAGGCUUUUGUAUACAUAUGAGCUGUAUUGGUUCGAGAAUGACGUCUCCGAGCGGCUAGCAGUACAAGAAAAGCCUUUUGUACUGCCCUACGACACGUAUGGAUAUUUUACGUAGCGAUACUCAAGCAGCAACUUAUGGGAAUAAGUUGAUAUGUGAAUGAUCAAAAGUGAUUUUGGGACAUGGAAGUAUCAGACCAGGAG